CUGAUUCUUGAACACUUUAAACAAAGAACAGACACCCCAUCGAGAAAUUCUUUACAAAUCCCCACCAAGAUUCAAGGGAUUUUCAAGAAUUUCGUCAAGAAUUUCGGGGGAGGGGAGCCAACGGCUUAUUCGAAGAGACAGGGACAAUCCUUAUACUCUAGUCAUGCAACAAAGAACACGCAAGAGCCUGAAGAACAGUGUCGGAUUCAAGAACAAUGUUAACUCCAAGGAUGAUUGCGUCAGCGGAGCAUCAGUGAGUGGAGUCGAGAGGAUAUUAUCAUAAUUCAACUUGGGAAGAUCAUGGUGUCACUAAUGCAUACAGUAGAUACCCCUCCACCUGCCAAGAUGUCGUACAUGGGUAUGAGCCAACACAUCGACUUCGACAACCUGCCUGACCCCAAUACGCGCUACGAACUCCUGGAGGUCAUCGGAGAGGGCACGUAUGGAGAGGUCUUCGCUGCAAAGGACCAUGAGACAGGUGGCUUGGUCGGCAUCAAGAUCAUGGAGAACAUUGGAGAGAACCUCGAGGAGAUCGAGGAGGAGUUCCUGAUCCUCCGGGACCUCAGCCUCCACCCUAACCUGCCGGCCUUCCACGGGAUCUUCCUCAAGCGCGGCAACAAGCAGGAGGAGGACCAGGCGUGGAUCGUCAUGGAGCUGUGUCCUCGAGGCUCAGUAACAGACCUCGUCCAAGCGCUCAUAAGGCGAGGCCAAAGACUGACGGAACAGCAGCUUGGUUACAUUCUCAAGGAAACCAUUGAUGCCAUGGCGUACCUGCACCAGAACCACUGCAUGCACCGUGACAUCAAGGGCCACAACAUCCUCCUGACCGACCAGGGAGCCAUCAAGAUCAUCGACUUCGGCGUCAGUUCCCACCUGUCGUCGACGUGGGGCAGACGCAACACCUCCGUCGGGACACCUUACUGGAUGGCCCCUGAGGUCAUCGCGUGUGAGCAGCAGCUGGACUAUAGCUACGACGUCCGCUGCGAUGUGUGGUCCUUGGGCAUCACCGCCAUCGAGCUCGCCGACGGAGAACCGCCCCUCUCCGACGUCCACCCCAUGAGGGCGCUCUUCCAGAUACCCAGAAACCCCCCACCGAGUGUCGAGCGCCCUAUCGAAUGGUCAGCGGAAUUCAAUGACUUCGUGGCCGAAUGUCUCGUGAAGGAUUUCGAGCAGAGAGUAACGCCAAAGGAACUGCUCCUACAUCCUUUUAUAAAGAGUGUGCCUAAUAACCCGGAGGAGAUCCGCCGCCAACUGAUCCAGCUGCAGGACGACCUGAGGACGAAGAACCAGCUGGUGCAGAAGGACCCCGAGGCCACGAUCAAAGGGGGGGCGCUGAAGGCGGACCGCAAGACCAAGCGAACGCCCAUCUGGAUGGACGACCUGGCCAGCCUGGAGAAGCUCUCGGAGGAGAUCAUCGUGGACCACCUCAACCGCCGCUAUGACACCAACCAGAUCUACACGUACAUGGGGGACAUCCUCAUCGCAGUCAACCCCUUUAAGGAGAUUGGGGUUUACGGAGAGAAGGAGUCCCGAAUGCACCGCGGUAUGGGCAAGAGCGAGAACCCGCCUCACAUCUACGCCAUGGCAGACAACAGCUACCACACGAUGCUGCAUCAGAAGCAACAGCAGUGCAUCGUUAUAUCGGGGGAGUCGGGGGCCGGGAAGACGGAGAGUGCAAAUUUCCUGCUCAAACAGCUGGUCACGCUCGGCAAGGCACCCAACAGAAACCUCGAGGACAAGAUCCUGUUAGUGAACCCCAUCAUGGAAGCCUUCGGCAACGCCAAGACGGGAAUCAACGACAAUUCCUCGAGGUUCGGAAAGUACCUGGAGCUGACCUACACCCGCCUCGGCAAGAUCACGGGAGCCAAGAUUUCCGUCUACCUCCUGGAGCAGUCGAGGGUAGUUCACCAGGCGAAGGGUGAGCAGAAUUUCCACAUCUUCUAUUACUUGUAUGACGGUCUUGACGCCGAGAACAAGCUGAUGCAAUACAGUCUUGACAAGAGCAAGCGGGAUAAGCACCGGUAUCUUGCCGGUGCAGCCUGGAGCAAGGAGAAGAGUGAGGCCGCCGUCCAGCAGUUCAACAAAGUGGUCGAGGGUUUCACUUCCCUAGGUUUCCGAGACGACGAACUGGACUCCGUGUACAGGAUCCUGGCGGCAAUCAUCAACUUGGGAGACGUCGAGUUUUAUCAGACGAUCGAUAAGGAUAACAUGGAGCAGGCGGCGGUUAAGAAUGUGGAGCAGAUUAAGAUCGUAUCGGAACUGCUAGGCAUCGACCCCGCUGACCUGGCGGACGCUCUGACCUCCAACAGCGUGGUGACGAAGGGCGAAAUCAUCACGAGGAACAACACGGUGGAGGAGGCGGUGAGCACGAGGGACGCCAUGGCCAAGGCUAUGUACGGGAGGCUCUUCGACUGGAUUGUCAAUAAUAUCAAUCGACUGCUGUCCUUCUGCAGGAUUGUGUACGGAGACAGCCUAGCCGUGGGUCUCCUCGACAUUUUCGGCUUCGAGAACUUCGAGAUCAACUCCUUCGAACAGCUGUGCAUCAACAUAGCCAAUGAACAGAUCCAGUAUUUCUUCAAUCAGCAUAUUUUCACGUGGGAGCAGCAGGAGUACAUGUCGGAGGGAAUUGAGGUAAACAUCGUGGAAUUCGCCGACAACCGCCCCAUCCUGGACAUGUUCUUGGCCAAACCGAUGGGCCUCCUUGCCCUUCUCGACGAGGAGAGUCGCUUCCCUCAGGCCAGUGACCAAUCCCUUGUUGACAAAUUCCACAACAACAUCAAAUCUCAGUUCUACGUGAAGCCCAAAGCCCAGAGCCUUGACUUCACCGUCCGCCACUUCGCCGGGAAAGUCUCCUACAACGCCGAGAAGUUCCUGGAGAAGAACAAGAACUUCCUGCCGACCGAAGUUAUUCAGUUGUUCAGACAGAGCGCUCACGAUGUUAUAAGAUUCCUGUUCCAGUGCCCGCUCACCAAGACGGGCAACCUGUACUAUGCCACUCCCCGCGCUUCCCCUCGCAGUACUAUUAGCGACAGACCGAAAUCUCGUCACGGAAGCACCAAAACGCAGUACGACAGCCGCGGCCUCGCCUCGCAGACGAAGGCGCAGCAGACGGUGGCCACCUACUUCAGGUACUCGCUCAUGGACCUCCUGCAGAAGAUGGUGAACGGGACGCCGCACUUCGUCAGGUGCAUCAAACCCAACGACGAGAAGCUCCCGAAUAAGUUUGAUGGCAAGAAGGUACAACGUCAGCUGCGUUAUGCUGGCGUGAUGGAGACCGUCAGAAUUCGUCAGCAUGGCUACUCGCAUCGCAUUCCCUUCGCUGAGUUCCUACGCAGAUACUGCUUCUUGGCGUUCAACUUCGACGAGCGAGUGACAGCCUCGAAGGAGAACUGCCGCCUCCUCCUGAUCCGCCUUAAGAUGGACGGCUGGGCGAUCGGCAAGACGAAGGUCUUCCUCAAGUACUAUCAUGUGGAGUACUUGGCCAAGAUGUAUGAGAAGCAGAUCCGACGAGUGAUUCAGGUGCAGGCGUGCGUCCGGCGGUGGCUGGCCCGCGUCAGGUACCAGAAGCAGAAGUGGGCCCUCGCGCGCUCCGUCAUCACGCUCCAGAGGUACACACGAGGCUGGAUCAUCCGCAAAAAAAAAAGCCCCCCCCCCACCACCGAGAAGACGCAGCAGAAGGAUGCAGCGCAAUGGAUGAAGGCGAAGAUGAUGGGCGCCCUCGGAGCUCAGUCCUCGCUCGACGCUGAGCCCAAGAAGGAGGCGAAGAGGGAGGCCCCGAAGCCCCCGAAGACCCCGAAGACGAAGGAGACGAUGACGGAGGAGGAGGCGGCCAUUGUUAUCCAGUCUCAUUUCCGAGGACACGUGACGCGGCUGGAGUGGGGGCCGGCCCUUGAGGAAAGACUGAAGAAAUUGGUCGAGAAGCAUAUUGACAACGCAGAAGAAGCUUCGAAGGCUCUGGAGGCGGAGGGCCUGUCGCCAGAGGAGGCGGCUAUGAUCAUCCAGAAGUUCUGGGGAAGACACAAGAAGGAGAAGAAGAGGAAGAAGGAGGAGGAGAAGGAGAAGGACACCCUCGAACCCAAGAAGGACCUUGGACGCUACACCAACAGCAAGAAAAUGACGAGUCUCAUUAUGUUCUCCGAGAAGGUGCACAUGUCCAACCAAGAAACCCACAAGUACCUCCGCCGCCACAAGGCCGGGAUUCGCCUGGAGGAGAUCAAAGCCGCGCCCAAGGACUACCAAAGGCCCAAGGGAUUCGACCACAUUCCGCAAGUCAUCCACGAGCAGCGGAAGAGAGGAUCCCAGCGGAAGUCAGGAUCCACGGGGUCUCCUUUUUUUUUUGCGCAGCCGAUUUCCGCCAACCGACCUGUCAUCAAGAUCACUUCAACGGACGAAAAAAUCUCCGAAUAUUACGAUUUCUUGCAAGAGGAAAUGAGAAGUCCCACACCGGACUUUAACCCAGACACUCCCUGGGACGCGCCUUUGGCUUCGAAAAUCCAGCGCCCAAACCGGCCGAGAGCUGCUGAGAGUGCGCAGAAUGUUGAGAGCACCGAGAGCAAGGUGGAUCUUCGGCAGGAGAAGAUGAAGGCGGUGAAGGAGGGCCUGGUGAAUCAGAACAUGGCAAAUGAGGAGAAGUCGGAAGAGCAUUUGGUCAAGUGGAAGGGCGCGGUAGCGUUCGGCGCCGGCGUUCCCCCGCCCGAGCUGGUGCCCAAGGGGCGCGUGACCCCAACCACCAACAUGAAGGCGGCUUCGGAUCUUCGCCAGAUGCUUCGUUCGAACGGAGCAUCGGCCAAGGCGAAGGCCCCGCCCCCUCCUGCCCCCACAGGCCCCGGCAAGGUCUCAACUGACGACGAUGUGGGUCCUUACAACUUCAGACAGUUACUGAGGAAGACCAACUACGCUCCUACGGAUACUAUUAGGAAGAGGCAGCUAAAGAGGGACGGAGUCAAUGGGUAUGGAUCAGAGUACCAGAUGUAAAUCAUGAACUAUAUUAAUGUAAAAUGUAUUAAUGAGAGUGUAUUUAUUUAUGUACUUGUUCUAUCGACCUUCGUGUUGUUGUUGUUGUUUUUCGUUUGUACCUCCCGCCUAACGGUAAUGAAGGAGGAUGAUAUAUAGAUAUUUGAGACAAUAUUUGAAUAUAAGAGAGAGAAAUAUAGACCAUAUUAUCCUUAAAUGUUUAUUCGCCAGAUAAAACCCGCCCACCCCUUUAACGCCCCUGUAUAUGCCCUGUAGUAAGUCGUAUUUCACCCUCCAAGAAACAAAACAAAAAAAACAGAAACCCCCAUCAUAAAAAACCCUCCUUUUUCGAAUUAGGAAGUGAAAACAAAACUCCAUCCACAGUAGCACCUAUUUCAUAAUAUAGAAAGAAUCCUAACAUCUUUUCUCACCACAGAGAGUAAGCAAGCAGUACGCCCAACCCCAAGAUACAACAGCCUCUCAAGAUAUUUGUUUUUAACUCUGACACCGGGUUAAAGGCAGAUAUUUGCAGAUUUCUGUUAUUGUUGUUGUUAUUGUUGUUGUUUCUCAGUCUUAACCCCCCCCUCUUUCCUCUUUCCCUGAGCCUGAGCCUCCCCAACCAUUAAAAUCAUAGCCAUCUAUAUAUACACUUUUGGCAUAUAUAUAUAGAUCCUUUUUCCAACUAGAUUGAUGCUAUUGGUAGUAGUUAUCUUGAGAAUUAUGUCAAUAGAUUUAAUGAUAUGACAACAGUUGCAUCACUGCAAAGAAAAUUCUAUCAAUAGACUUUGAUUUGUGUUUCAUAAUUACCCAUUUAAAUGAAGUGUAGGUUCUCUUCACUGUAGGAUUAUCCUCUCAGUAAUAACUGUGUAUGUGUUCUGUCAUACAUAUUCCGUCGGUUAUAUUUUUUUUCGUUAUUAAUAAUUACCUUUGAAAAAAAAAAGAUAUUUGUGUACCGUAAAAGUGAAAAAAAAAAAUGUAUUGUAGUUGUGAAAAAUUGCGAGUUAUGCAGUGAAAAAGACGGAUUUAUAGACUGUAGUUGUAUAAAAAAAAUAAGGUUUGUGGAUCGUAGCAGUGCUUUAGCUGUGAGGAAGAAAGGGGUUAUGUACCGUAGCUGUGAAAAGGGGGAAGUUUAUGAAACGUAGCAGUGAAAAAGGAAAACACUAAUGUACUGUAGCUGUGAAUAAAGAGGUUUUUAUGUUCCGUAGCAGUGAAAAAAGGAGGGAUUUGUGAAAAAUAAAAUAGGUCCAUGUAGAGGUCUUGUUUAUCAUGUUUAUAGCGAUGGAAAAAAAAGAGAUUUACGUAGGUGGUUUUCAUGCUAGUCAUUUUGCUCUCGAUUCAAAGAGCUCUUAAUAUUAAUGAUUAUCACUUUCUGAUUUAUCCUGUUUGGUCUGUGAACGAGAUUUUGUUAGACAAAGCCUUAUAAAAAAUAAUUGUCUUUAGGUUUCGCAUUAUAGCAUUAUGCAUUCAGGUUGAUCUAAUGUGUUUGUUAUCCAUAUUGGCAUUCAUUCAAAAGAUAGAUUGAAUUGAAAUUACAUUUUUUUUUUUAAUUAAAUGAAACUGAGAUAUUCCGAGUUAUUGAGACAAUACUCUUACGUGUCUGCCUGUGUUAUAACUAUUACCUUCAGUGACUGAAAACUUUUGGAUGAAAAAGGCUUGUGUGAGAGAACAGUAUGCCAGCUUUUAUCCCAAUAAAGAACAUUAUCAAAGCA